AUGUGGCGCGAUCGCACCAAUCUUUACAUAUCCUACCGGCAAUCGUAUGCGCAUCAUCCCGCGAAGAAGCCAAAAUAUUCGGCUGGUGCAUCUGGCAAUGGGUACAGCGAUAGCAUUAUCGGGGGCGGGUCCUCGGAGCGGCAGGGUCUCAUGUCAGCCGGCGCAUUCGAGGAUGAUGGAGAUGCCGUUAUAGAAAUGGAUUUGCUACCGCCACGCUGGGCGGAUAUUAGCGAUGAAGUUACAGAGUACCUGGCCGAUAUUGCGAGCAAGAGUGUGACGCUAGAAAAGCUACAUCAGAAACACGUCCUGCCCGGCUUCGACGAUGAGGAAGUCAAGAGGGCUGAAGAAGGGGAAAUCGAGCGGUUGACACAAGAUAUUACAAAGGGAUUCCACGAUUGCCAGAAGGCUAUUCAACGCAUUGAGAUGCUGGUUCGGGAGGCCAAACAUUCGGGGUCGCUAAGUAAAGGAGAGGAGACUAUGGCAAAGAAUAUCCAGAUUUCGCUGGCAGGAAGGGUGCAAGAGGCCAGUGCAGGGUUUAGGAAGAAGCAGAGUGCUUAUUUAAAGAAACUUCGAGGCCUCAGCGGGAUGAACCCGCAAACUGAUCGAUCAUCCACACCUCUGUAUAACAAUUACACCGACCCAUCAAUAAUGGAAUCCGAUGCCGAUAAGUCUUAUUCGCAAUCGACUUUACAACAAACCUCGCAAAAACAACUCACCUCCAAUGACGCCGCAAUAAUGCAGCGCGAGCGAGAAAUCACGGAUAUUGCCCAAGGUAUUAUCGAAUUGGCCGAUAUAUUUAAGGAGCUACAAGGAAUGAUCAUCGACCAGGGGACCAUGCUGGACAGGAUAGAUUAUAAUGUGGAGCGAAUGGCCGUGGACGUUAAGGCCGCGGAUAAGGAGUUAAAGGUUGCGUCGGGAUACCAGCGGAAGGGCACGAAACGAAGAGUUAUUUUCUUGUUGAUUUUAUUAGUCGUUGGGAUGUUUAUUUUGUUGAUGGUUAAGCCGAAACGCCAUAGCAGUCCGGUAGAGGAGAAUGUACCACCACCUUGA